AUGCGCGGCGGUGAUCGCAUAAAGGGCGCGCAGGAGAGCGCGGCACAGGAAGUGAACGGGGAGCGGGGCGCGGAGGCGGACGAGGAGGACCCGGGGCUGCAGGUCGAGGGCGCCGAUGAGGGAGAUGCCGGCGAGGACCAGGCAGCGGGAAUCGACGUGGCCGAACCCGCUCAGGCGGACGAGAACGCUGGGGCGAGCCAGGCGGGGGAAUCCCACGGGCAAAACGCCAGCCGUGGGGACGAGCAGCGCGCCGAGGGCUCGCUUCGGCAGGAGCGAGUGGCCCAGGACGAGAGUGGGCGCGAUGGACGGACGCAGAGAAGCGUGGCAAACGAAAGGCGGAGCGGUCGCGCACGCCAGAAAGGGGUCAGUAUCGCGGAGAUUGGCGCGGGGGGGACUUCAGGUCGGAGGACAGGCGAGGAGAGCAGGGAGGUUGGAGCGGCGGCGGCGUGCGUUCCCCGGAGCGGCAACAGAAGCGCGGGGGCAGAUGGAAGGAUGAGCCACGCUCUCCCGAGCCGCACGGGCGUCAUGGAAGGAGGGACGAGACGGAGCUCUGGUCGCAGGGGCGGCGCGGUCGGCAGCAAUGGGAGCGCGGCAGCGCGGUGCGCGCACCGGAUCGGCCAAGGCAGGGAGAGAGGAGGAUCCGCAGCGGGGCCCGCUCGCCAGACGAACGCCGCCAGCGGGGGGAGAAAGAGGAAGGAGAAAGGCAUUCGCCUGAGCGCCGCCAACAGCGCAGCAGAAGGGGAGGCACCUGGUCACCGUCGCCAGAGAGACGGCGGCACCGCGAGACGAGCAACGGGGAAGGGCGGAGGAUGCACGACCCGCCAAUGCGGCAGUGGGCUCGGGCAGAGGAAUGGGGAGGGCCGAGGGAAAGGCGCCGCGAGGCGGAAUGGAGUCGGCAGGAGGGCGGGAGCUUGGUGUUCUCAGGAGAUCAACGAGUAG